AUGGUGGUGGGGUGGGGGUGGUGGCGGUGGUGGUGGUGGCGGCCGGGAGGAUGGUGGUGGGGUGGUGGUGGUAGCGGCGGCCGAGAGGAUGGUGGUGGUGGUGGCGGUGGUGAUGGUGGCCAGAGGAUGAUGGUGGGUGGUGGUGGUGGCGGCGGCUCAGAGGACGGUGGUGGUGGCUGUGAUGAUGGUGGCCGAGAGGAUGGUGGUGGUCGUGGUGGCCGUGGUGAUGGUGGCCGAGAGGAUGGUGGUGGUGGUGAAGGUGAUGAUGGUGGCAGAGAGGAUGGUGAUGGUGAUGGCGGUGAUGAUUCUUCGGCGAGGACUUUGUUUGAGUUCGUGCAUGCCAUUGGUUGGCUCGAUCCAUAA